UAUAAUUAGUAAAUACUUCCUUGUUGGGGAGAAUAUUCAUACUGGUAAUUUUAUCUUAAAUUUUGAUCAACAGGAAGUAACGUUCUUGACAUUUUUUGGAUGAUACUUGUGUAUAUGGUGUACGUAGCGUGUCCAGUUAUCUAUAAAUUGCGAACACAAAAUAAUGGCGGGUGCAACUAACAGGUACAAAGAUGCAGCCGAUGAAUACGUAUCACUUAGCCAGGUUUCAGUGAAACAAGAUGAAGACGACGGUGUUCCUUUGAGACCACCAAGAAACUUGCCGAAUGGGCGUGGCUCAACCAAUUCACUCCCAUCAAGAGUUUCAUCUACAUCCCAACGGUCAUCGUCAAAACACAGUUCAAGCAGCUCGAAUAGUUCAAGUGGCGAAGCUGUUGAAGAUCUUACAUUUGAGGAGUUCCUGAAAAGGCAAGGGGUGACAAAAGCGACAAUUCAACUCCUAGAGGAAGAAGAAAUUGCUGACAAGGUUACUUUGGGAGCUUUAUCUGAAGAUGAUAUUAAUGGACUAGGCCUGAAAGUAGGACAAAAAGCAAUUCUCCGAAGUCUCACCACCAAAGCUAAAAGUCGAUUACCCGACGCACGUAACAGUGUAAUACCGCCUCCUAUAAGAGAAGUAAAUGGAACAGGAGAGGUUGAUCUACAGUGUUACUGUUUGGAGAAAGAUGGCAAAGGGAAAGUAGUUGCAGAAAUAACAACGAAACAUACGACCGAAGUCAAUCCAAUAAAAACUCGUAUUCUGAUAUUGGUUGAUACAAGCGGCAGCAUGGGUAUCAAAACAGGAAGACGACGGAGAUAUAGCAAGCUAUAUAGAAUUAAAGGAUUUGCAAAAAAUAUGGUGACGUCAUUAGAUGAUGGGGAUUUUGCAGGCCUUGUAACGUUUGGGGAAAAUGCAGAUGUAUUAUUGCCCAUGACAGAAAUUACACACGAAAGUAGGGAUCGUUUGAAAUCAAAACUAGACACCUUAGACAAAAGUUUCUUGUCAACCAAGACGAAUCUCAGUGCUGGUUUGUCUAAAGCGUUGGAAGUAUUUAGAGAUGCCAGUUCAGGGAAACGUGAUUUGCUUCACUAUAGAAAUGCUAUUAUAGUCUUCUCGGAUGGUGAAGUGAAUGCUGGAACCCAAGAACCAAGUAAACUUGUUCAUGAAGUCCGAGAAAAGAUUCGGCAACUUUCGUUUGGUCUCGACGAAUCUCUUAACCAAUGGGCUUCUAUUUCUACUGUCGUGUUGGGGAAAUCAGCGUCCGAGAUAAUGUUCUGCCUAUCAAAGUUCUGCAGUAGUGAUGCUUUUUAUACAAUAGACAUGGAUGUAGACAAUUCAAAUACUGAAACUGACCUUUUCCUUCCGGUUCUUAUGAGAAAAGCGGCCGUUGCUUGGAAUGUGUCUGUUUACAUAGAAUCGGUUAAUGGUGCCGUUCUUAUUAAUGAGGAUUGUUCUCAGGAUAACAAAGUACGGACUCAUGGGCAAUCCUCCCGUGGUCCAAAAACUGCCAAGGCUUACUUUUAUUAUGACAUACCAGCAGCAUCAACAAGGCAUAUUGGUAUAGGGGUUGAUCUGGAGGAGGCUUUUGAAGAGGAAGUUUUGAGAGUUAAGGUGGAAUAUUCUGGAUUUUCUGGAGAGAGGAAAACAAUAAUCAGGACAAUAACAAAAAGUGACAUUUUAAACGAAGGCAGAGUACAGGGUGGGAAAGCAAUCACAGAACACUACAAGAAUGAUGCUCGAAUGCUUUCAGAAGAAGUGUUAGGUAAAGCCGCAAAAGCUGCUCUUGACGGAAAUUCGGGUGGAUCAGCUGAUGCCAUGAGGGAGGGUCAAUCAGAGCUUCAGAAACUGAUGAACAGAUAUGGUGAUAUGGCAGACAAACAAGAAACUGCUCAGACAGAAAUAUUUGACUAUGCAAAAUCUUUGAUGAGCAAUUUUGAAUGUUUACUUCAAAAAGUAAAUACACCAAAAGACGAAGACACAGAUGAACAAAUAGAAGCAGAGAGCAGUUGGUUAAAAAUAAAAGCUGUUUCGUCGGCUAUAUCUAGAGAAGCACCAGGCUUGGCUGAAACGGUUACGGAUAGCAACAUUUUGUGUCCUUUACCUGAUGUCCGCAAAGUUUCUUCUACGCCAAUGCGAACCGAGAUGGAAAAAGUUUACAAAGAAAAGGGAGUUCGAGAGAGUUUAUUUUUCGAUUUUGACGGGGCAAUAGAUGAACUUAAAAAGAGUAUUAAAAAAGACGAAGACUGAGAAAUUCUUCUUUUUAAAACUUGUUCAUCAGUAAGAAAAGAAAUUAAAGUUCGUAGAACUAGUAUCAAGUGAAAUAUUUAAACUUUUUCAAAACAAAAGUAUAACAUAUGUAUAUACAACAGUAAAUUUUUAAAUGCCUAAACGCAAGAAGAAAUUCAAUUCAAUUGAAAGUGUUUCAUAUAAUGUUCCAAUCUAGAAUUCGUUUCCCUAUUUACAUGUUUUUUACGUACAUGUAGUUGAUUAAUUCAAAGGAAUAAUAGAACUUUUGCGUGCCAUCAUUUUCUUGUCGCUUUUUUUUCUUUCAUUUUUUACUUUGUGUGUGUGUGUGUGUUUUUAUUUUGAUCAAUGGACAAUGAUAAUACCUUUCACCUUUAUUAUGAAGUUAUUAUUAUGAGUUGUUCUUCAAUUUAGGAAAAGUAGUUUACCUAAAAAAAAUAAUCAUGUAUAGAACAAUUUUGUCUUGUCACGAUGAUGGUGGCCAUCUUGUUUUUCGGAAGUUUGUUGUUCCAAUACCACAAAAAAAGGGACAAUGUUAACACUGUAUUGAUAAUUAUUGGAGAGAAAAAAUAAAUAUACAUCCAGCUGGGUUUAUAUUUUAUUCAUUUUUAAAAGACCAACGAAUAUUUUUUAAAGUAAAAAGCUUAUCCUAGUAUUUACCCAAAAGAGAUAAUACAAUAGGGUUGCAUUCCUUUGAUACCAUCUGCAUUUCUAUAAUUUAUAAAUAAAAAGUUAUACUACUAUGUGGUUUUACUACAACGAACUCCGGGACUGUUAAUGUGACUGCUUUCCCCUAGUAAAGGUCUUGAACGCGAGAGACCAGUAAGGUUAUAAAAUGACAAAGGCUGUAUAUUGUAAAUGUUUCAUAUGACCAUUGAUUAUUUGACAAUACAUGCGUAUUUCCAUUAUAGGAGAUCGAGGUCGGAAAACUUCCGAUAUUACGGAAAGGGUGCUAUUGUCCUUUUCUGUUCUUAAUGGUGGGCGCAUUUUCCACAAUAACAUAUGUGUGUUUUGUAAAUAAUCGAAUAAAAGAAAUCAUUUUACGUUGCAUAUUGCAACAUGUACAUUGUAAUCUUUAUUGAACUUUUUGAAUUGCGCUUUUUUUUUUAUUGUUUAACUAAAGCUAUUAGUUUAUUGCAUAUAUAUUACAUACUGAAUAAAGUAACACGUGUCUCUUUUAAA